AUGCUGGUAUCUCACACCAAAGCAGAAGGUGGACAUGAGAAAGUCCUGGAUAGACAGACGACCGAGCAUAAUAGCCAUGCAAUUAACCUUGUGGCGUGCAUCCCCAUGCCAACCAGGAAGCUGAAUUACUCAUCAUCAUCAACUGGUUCUAGAGUGAGUCAAAAGCCAGAUGUUCCAAUUACUUGUCAACAUCUGAUUGUUGAAAACAUUGGAGAGGCUGUUGGCAUUGGCAAAGACACGCCCAAAAUCUAUGCAACAGUUGAUCUAGAAAAAGCUAGAGUUGGCCGGACCAGAAUUAUAGAAAACGAACGUGUCAAUCCCCGGUGGUAUGAGUCAUUUCAUAUCUACUGUGCUCAUAUGGCCUCUAAUGUGAUCUUCACUGUCAAAGAUGAUGACGCUAUUGGGGCAACACUAUAUGGAAGAGCUUACGUACCAGUUGAGGAAAUCCUAAACGGAGAAGAGGUGGAUAGAUGGCUUGAAAUCUUAGAUGAUGACCGCAAUCCUGUUCGUGAGGGUUCUAAGAUUCAUGUGAGGCUCCAAUUCUUUGAUGUUACACGAGACCGUAACUGGUCUAUGGGAAUUAGGAGUGCCAAAUUUCCUGGUGUCCCUUACACGUUUUUCUCACAAAGAAAGGGAUGCAGAGUUUCUCUGUACCAAGAUGCCCAUAUCCCAAACGGGUUUAUCCCAAAAAUUGCUCUUGAUGGAAACGAGUUUUAUGAACCACAUAGAUGCUGGGAGGAUAUAUUUGAUGCAAUCACUAAUGCAAAGCACUUGGUUUACAUAACUGGGUGGUCUGUGUAUACUGAGAUCCACUUGAUAAGGGACAAUAGGAGGCCUAAGCCUGGAGGAGACAUCACCCUUGGGGAGCUGCUCAAGAAAAAAGCCGGUGAAGGUGUCAGAGUUCUUAUGCUUGUUUGGGAUGACAGAACCUCUGUGGAUUUGCUGAAGAAGGAUGGGUUGAUGGCUACUCAUGAUGAAGAAACAGAGAAUUUCUUCCAGGGAACUGAUGUCAACUGUAUUUUGUGCCCUCGUAAUCCUGAUGAUGGAGGGAGCAUAGUUCAAGACUUGCAGAUAUCCACCAUGUUCACCCACCACCAGAAGAUUGUUGUGGUGGACAGUGAAAUGCCCAUCGGAUCCGGAGCAUCAUCGGAGAGGAGGAGGAUUGUGAGUUUUAUUGGAGGUAUUGAUCUCUGUGAUGGGAGAUAUGAUGCACCCUUCCAUUCCCUAUUCAGAACCUUGGACACAGCUCACCAUGAAGAUUUCCAUCAGCCCAACUUUACUGGUGCUGCCAUCACGAAAGGUGGUCCAAGGGAGCCAUGGCAUGAUAUUCAUUGCCGGUUGGAAGGUCCCGUUGCAUGGGAUGUCUUAUACAACUUUGAACAAAGGUGGAGGAAACAAGGGGGAAAGGAUGUGCUUGUUCAGAUUAGAGAGCUUGAAGACAUCUUCAUUCCCCCAUCCCCAGUUAUGUUUCCAGAAGAUCAUGAAACAUGGAAUGUCCAGUUGUUUAGAUCAAUUGAUGGUGGUGCAGCAUUUGGAUUUCCUGACACACCUGAAGAGGCUGCCAAAGCAGGGCUUAUUAGUGGAAAAGACAAUAUCAUUGACCGAAGCAUUCAGGAUGCUUAUAUAAAUGCAAUUCGACGGGCAAAGAAUUUCAUUUACAUUGAAAAUCAAUAUUUCCUUGGAAGCUCAUUCUGCUGGAGGCCAGAGGGUAUCAAGGUUGAGGAAGUUGGUGCUUUGCAUCUGAUCCCAAAGGAACUCGCACUUAAGAUUGUUAGCAAAAUUGAAGCUGGGGAAAGGUUCACUGUUUACGUUGUUGUCCCAAUGUGGCCGGAGGGGAUACCGGAGAGUGCAUCAGUUCAGGCAAUAUUGGAUUGGCAGAGAAGGACAAUGGAGAUGAUGUAUACUAAUGUUAUUCAGGCCUUACAAGCUAAGGGGGUUGAAGCAGACCCCAGAGACUAUUUGACAUUUUUCUGCCUAGGGAAUCGGGAAGUGAAGAAAAGUGGGGAGUACGAACCAUCUGAGCAACCCGAAGACAAUACAGACUAUAGCAGAGCUCAGCAGGCCCGACGUUUCAUGAUAUAUGUCCAUACUAAGAUGAUGAUAGUUGAUGAUGAAUACAUAAUCAUAGGAUCCGCCAACAUCAACCAGAGGUCAAUGGAUGGUGCUAGAGACUCUGAGAUUGCCAUGGGAGCUUACCAACCAUAUCACCUAGCAACUAGGCAACCGGCCAGGGGCCAAAUCCAUGGCUUCCGAAUGGCACUGUGGUACGAGCAUCUCGGCAUGCUUGAUGAUUGCUUCCUCCAUCCUGAGAGUGUGGCAUGUGUCCACAAGGUGAAUCAGAUUGCUGACAAGUACUGGGACCUGUAUUCAAGUGAAACACUGGACCGAGACCUGCCUGGCCACCUCCUCAGGUACCCCAUUGCAGUUACUGAAAAUGGAGAGGUUACAGAGCUUCCAGGGACUCAGCACUUCCCUGACACAGAGGCUCUUGUUCUUGGUACCAAAGCUGAAUACCUUCCUCCAAUCCUCACUACAUAAAAACGUAAACCACUUUGAUUUUCUUAGGAAAUAAUCUCAAUCUUCUCACAGUCUGCACCUGUAGUAACUUUAAUGGUAAUAAAUCCCAUGCAUUGCAAGUUGCUGAAAAAAGAAAACAUUGAUAUUGUUAUUAGGAGAGGCAGCAAUUUAGGGGCUUGUUUCAGGUCAUCAGAUGCUUGCUUCUACUUUGUGCUUUUGUUGCCGACAUUUUGAUGUUUGCUAGUUUCAAUGGUCUAAGAUCAGUAAUUUUGCAAGUGCUUCUGA